AUUCGCUUCCACCACUCGGAGGCUCCGCCCGCUCCGGUCUCCCCUGGCAACCGUCUCCAUCAGGCUCAGCCUUCUAAUUUUUUUUCACUCAGCUAUUGGGCCGGCUGUCCCAGCGUGCAAUGCGCGAGCGGGAGGUUUGGAGUAAUAGGUGCUUCUGGAACGUGGCGAUUUGGCUGCCUUGGAGAACUGUUUCUGCCUCCUGACCCGUCGAGGAUGGUUUGGAUUGAUUAAAGGCCUCAAUUGGAAUCCCUUUGCAUUUGGAACGGGGUCAACACAGAGACUUGACGUAUUAGGAUGGCUGGCAACCAAGAAAUGCCAUUUAAUGAGCAAGCAAAAUUCUUGUCUUAUAAUGGAGAAGUCCUUGUUUUUCAUUUGUCCAAAGACUAUUUUGAAGAUUGUGAAAUGCCUACAGACACACCUGCAUUAUAUGUCAAAAGGAUGAUAUUUGACAGAGAAAAAGGAACCUUUGUUCUGAUCUCCACGGGUUUUUUAAGGAUUAAGGAGAAAGCUUCACAUUUAAAAAUUCUGUCUUGUAAAUGUGUGUCAGAUUUCAAAACUAGAAUUAACCUCCCUUGCAUUUUGAUACAAUAUAAGAAAUAUAAUAGUAGAGACUUCACCUAUUGUAUACUGUUUCUUCACAAUGUGAAUAAAUUUGAAAGACAUUUGAGCUUCACACUCGAUCAUGCACUGGACGAGAGCUUAAAGAUCUUUGAUGGUCCUAUAAUUUUUUGGCAAUAUCUCAACAAAUUCUUCUAUAUCUCUUCCCAAAUUGGAGAGGUUACCAACAUAUCAGCUACUCUUUCUUCCAUUGAGUGGGUAGGUGAGAUCAAAAAUUUUGGUGUAGGAUUUUUGGGGCUGGCAGAACCACCCGCGGCUGGUACCCAUAAGUUUUCAGAAUCAGAUUGUGAAUUUUCUGAUUCCAACCUUUGUGCAUAUGACCUUAAAACUCAAGAAAAAUUAAGCACUAGUUACCUUAUCCCUCUUGCUUACAGUAGUAUUAUAACUCACGUGCAUGUCCGUGCUGCUGAAAUGGUCGACCAUCAGCUACGAAUGGCUCUGAUUGCCCUUACGCAAAAGAACCAGCUCAUUUUGUUCCAAAAUGGCAUUCCUGUACGAGUAUGCCAGCUUCCAUUUGUAGAUCCUUGUUCCGUUCAGAUUCUUGAUUCAGGCAAAAGAAACCAAUUUUUCAUCGUGUCAUUCAACUCCAAGGCUUGUGCUGUUUCGGAAAAGAAAUUUAAGGUUGUUGCUAAGUGGGAACAACUUAGCUUAAUCUUGAUAAAUGACUUUGUUGGAGUUGGAACUGACCAACUACUGGUCAUUUUUGAUGCCGCUCUGAACACAGAUCAGCUGACUUCAUUUGCUAUAACAGAUUUUGUCAGAAUAAACUUUUCAACUGAACCACUGGAUUAUUGCAUUGAAGACCCUUUUGCUGAAGAGGAACAUGAAAAUUAUUAUUUGGUGCUUCCGGCACUGGAAGCACAAUUGGAAGCUUCAUUUGUUUAUCUUAACAAAUUACAGAAGCAUAUCUCAUUUAAGGAUAAAUUUAUUGCAAACUCUUGGAAGAUUCUUUUAAACUCAAUUUAUGGGAACAUUGAUAUUUCGUCAAACGAUGAGGAGGACGAGCUUGUUCCAUUCUGUGAUGAAGAUGAAAGCAGUAUCCAUACCCCUGAGGAAAAGUUAUCAGAGAAUUUUCAAGAGCCAGAACAUAUUGUAAAGCAGACAUGGUGUCGUGUACUAGACGAUGACUUAGUGAUUGGACUGAAAGUCACAUCUUUGAACCCCUCUUCCAAUGAAAUGACUUUAUCACUGAUAAUGGAUCAAAGCAACAGGUCCACCUUUCAGCUUCUGAAGUGUCAAAGUCAGGUGACUAGGUUGAGUAUGUAUUCUUUUCCAGAAGCAGACUUGAAGCCAGUGGAAACAGGACCAGAGACAAAAAGGAUCAAGUUGACCGAUGGUAGCAAGGAAGAAGAAAACUCUUCUUGUGAACAAUUAUCUAAGAUAGAAUCUACCCACAUAAUUACUGCUGUCACGUCUCUUUCACCACUUCUAGUAUUCAACAAACUGUGUUGCACUUUGCUGUUAAACAUUAGUGACAGAGAUAGUGUUAAAAACACUGUGCAUGAUUAUGUUAUAUGUGGCAGCCUUGAUUUUAAUCUACAAGAUCUUUUUAGUAUGAACCACCUACUGGCAUUCCCAAAGAAGGAAUCAAUAGAACAUAUGGAAGAUCUUUUAUUGCUUCUUGCAGCACUGCACAAAUAUUGUUUUCUUGUCACAUCGCCUACCCAUGCCCCGAAUCUAAUGAAGAUAUGGCUCUUGAAACACAUGAAAUGUGAAAUAAUCAAUGGAUUUAGAGAAAUAUACCUUUAUAAAAUGCUUCGAAAUUGUGGGGCACUCUUCUCUUGGGAGCCGAGAACAACAUUUGAAGGAAUUUUAACAGUCUAUUGCAGGAAUGAGGGAGUUUUGUUCCACUGUCUUGACCAACUGAUCAGAGUUCUCCCUGAAAGAUGUUUCUUCAGUUAUCUGAGAUUAGGAAAUGAGGCUUUCCUAAUGGGUCACUGGUUAGACACUCUGGAGAAGGAACUAGUAACCUUUUGUUCUCUUUCCACUUCUGCCUUUGAGUAUGCUAGAGAUGGAGCUAUGCAUAAGACAAAUGAAGCAAAGAAUAGUCGUGCAGCCGCUUCAGAGGAAGAGGACAAGAUCUGUCUGCACAAGCAGGAAGUGCAGAGAGAAAGAAUGAUAAAGGACUUGAAUCUGAAAGUGAAUGGCAGCAGUUAUGUGCAGAUGACUUUGGCUUUAGCCGCGACUCAGCUGAAAUCAGACCUUAUUGCAGAGAAACUGGCCAAUUUGUAAUUGUACUUUCAAAAUCUUGUUUUAGGAUAUUCCAGCUAUCAUGAAGUGUUUAAUUUGUUAUCCUUAUUUAAUAUAAAGAUUAAAACUUAUUAUAAUCCCUAGGAUCUUGUUUUUCGUCUAUUAUUUUUGUGUCUGCUGCAAUUCCAUAAUCCAGGCUGUUCUAGAACUCGUUAUGGAGCUCAGAUUGGUUUUAUUUAGGAUUGGAGAAAUCUCCCUGCCUCAACCUCCUGAGUACCAAAAAUUACAUGGGUGUGCCACUACGCUGGCUCAAUGAUCAGUUUUGAUGACACAAUAUAGUAUUUCUAGUAGAGCAGAAGUUUAUUAUGUUCUCCUUUUAUCUUCCCCUGCUUCUACUUUCUAAUGCAAGGGACAUUUGACUGUGGCUGGAGACUUCUUUUCUUGUUUAGAAUGUGGAGGGUUAAGUGCUUUUAUAUUUUAUAUUCAGAAAAACUAAGACAAAUUAAGGAUCUCUAUUAGAGACACUUUGGAAUAGAUGAGUAUUUGUUGUGGGGUUUUGCUUUAGGUUAGUAGGAAGUUUAGCAGCACCUUUGGCUUCCUCUACCCACUAAAUGCCCAUAAUAUUCCCAGCUGACCUUUGCUGGGAAGUAAAGGCCAGCAUCCUAUGAAACCUUCUAUGCAAAGAACCAAAUCCAAUAAUCCAAAGAACUAAAAUGUCGAUGAUUUAAAAAACAUGUGAUUCUUUUUGGGUAUUCUGUUUAGUAAAACAAGGCUUGUGGAAAAAAAAGCUUCAAGUAAAUGAAUUAAUUCAGAUGAUCAGAAACUGCUACUUGCUAUAUUUAGCUCUCUUGGAAAGUUAAAUGUAGCAUUACGUGAGACCAGUUUGUAAAGCUCUGGUUAUAUUGUAUUAGACAGCUGCUCUGAAAUUAGACAACUCUGUAGGAAUGUAAAGAAAAGAACUUGGGGCAUUUUUCUUAAAAGUAGAUCCCUCAUCUCUCUCAAGAGACGAAGUGUACCUCGCAAGCUACUAUAUUAUCAAAAGUAAAAUUGUGGGGCUGGGCAGAGAGCUUAAAGGGUUAAAGCAUUUGCCCUGCAAGGC